AUGGACGGAGGAUUCACCUUUUUGAGGACUUUAUUAAUAAUUAGGCAUCACCACGAGGACCACGAGCACCAUCAUCAUCAUGAGGACAGUAAUGAUCUUUUGGAGCACCACAAGCACGAGGAAGGAUUUCUUGGUCACGUCACGGACUACGUCGCGCAUCCCAAAUACGAUUUCGCGUACGGAGUCGAGGACCAUCACACCGGAGACUUUCACGGGCAGAAAGAAGUUAGAGACGGAUCGAGUGUUAGCGGAGAGUACAGCGUGAAAGAACCAGGCGGCACCGUUCGCGUCGUUAAGUACAAGGCUGACAAGGACGGAUUUCACGCGCACGUCGAAAGGAAGGGAAAGAAUGAUCACUCCGGUGCGAAGUAUUCCACUCACGCCCAUACUUACGAACCGGCUGCUCAUCACGAUGAUAAUCAAAAACAGCAUCACUUUCAGUUAGAGACUGACGACAGUCAUUACCAGUACUCUCACGACGCCUACGCAUAA